UGCAUGCAGCAGCGCUCAAAAGCUGAAGCUCAAUUCCUCUUUCAGUCUUACAUGUGAAUAUUCAUCUGGAUUAAAGCAGAGCUCGACGACCGCGUUCACACACCGGCUUUGUGCUUCGGGUUGUUUUUCCUUGCGCUUUAUUUGCAUACGCGUUCUGCUUUUUCCCCUUGACGUGGACCAAAUUAGAACCGUGUUUCUGUUUUUAGCUCGGGUUGAUAUAGUGAUAAGUAACCUUAAAGCAGGCGUGCUGUGGUGGCAGCUGCUCAGUUUGGAUCUCCUCCGUUAAAGCGCAGCGUUUGCCCAGAGAAGAUGAGCUCAUAAUGAGGUGUCUGCUCACUACAGUGGUUGUCUUUUAAAUGAAGUGGACCUCAUGACCACAGCGAUGUCUACCAGUAAAUCUGCAGCCAGAAGAGCUAUUCUACAGACCUCACGGGUUAGAUGGAAGACGGAUCAGAGCGAGAUUGUUCCGAUUAUCACUUCUGACACGAGGAAGUGUGAUGAAGACAGCGUAGAGCGCUGGCUCACGACCAUCUCAGAGGACGGUAAGAGACCAGAGGUUGUCCUGGAGACGGCAGUGAAGGCUAUAAGGAGAAAUGAGAGCGGAGAAGAUGAUCUGGCACUGGGAGUGGAAGCAUCUUUAUAUGGCAAACGCUCUCUCAGGAAUGUACAAGAUAUUUUGAGGUCAUCUCUAGAUUCUCCUGGUCUGUCCAGGUGGAACAGUUUUGCAUCGACUGUCUCGAUACCAUCUGAUGUCAGUGUAAUGGACGUUUUGAACGUACUAAAGGAUGACCCUGAAGAAUUGUUGCUAGAUUUGGGUUUUGGCACGGAGGAGCCCGACAUCACUGGGAGAAUCCCGGCCCGAUUCCUUAAUUACGAGUCCAGCGCUCGUGGCAUUAGCUAUCAGCUCUUUCUGGAAGCUCAGCAGAACCGAAUGGAUGUUGAAAAUGCGGAUGUCAGCAAUAGGUUCAGACAGCUCGAGGUUCUUCAACAAGUCACGACGACGUUCUCCUCUCUGGUUGGUGCUCAGGAUACGGACACAUCUACAGCUUCCCAGAUGUCUGCAGAGGCCCGGGAGAGGAGAAAACGCAUGGUCAUGAUUCUGCGUAGGGCCUCCAAAAAGAGCCUCAGCCAAGCCCAAACGUCACAGAACCAGCACACCAUCCCUUCCGUGACCUCCUCAGCCCCAUCCGGCCCAGAAUCCACUGGCACACCAAAAGCAGAUAAAAGGAACCCUUCAAAACGCAUAAGGAUGUCGGACAAUAAUCUCUUCCCUCUAAAAGAGGAGCAGAGUGUUAAUUCGGAGACAGCUGCGCCGGUUCUAAACAGCCCGACGGCAAGAGGAACAUCAGAUCUUCAGAAACUCAACUUUGUCCCUUCAACUGAGGGAAUUCUGCAACAACCUAUUGAAUCUUUCGAGCUGGAAGAGAUCCAGAGUUUUGAUGAAGGAAGCAUUCCUGGGAGCUGCAAUGGCCCAUUGGAUCCUGGAGGUGAACGAAUCGGGUCUUACGUGAUGAGAACAAACAGUUGUCAGUCUGAUAGCAGUGGCUUCCAAGAGGAGCCCUUCAUACCUGCGCUGUCCCAGCAGAACAACCCUGGACCAGAGCUCAUGAAGAUGCUGAAUGCAAUAUCACAAGAUAGCACAGAAGGUCAACAGAAGAGACCAGAACAGCGAGAGGCGGAGGAUCCCUCCACAUAUGAACACUCCCCUACGACACACUCUGGAAAAACUAACUGA